GAAGAGUGCAGAAAGCUUUGCAGCUCUGAGCGACAACGCCUACAACUCUCUUCACAUAGACCACCCAAGGACACCCGCCUGAAUCAAGCUCCCCCAGAGUUGCGAGGAACAUAAUUGCUUUUCUCAAGCAACCCCCGGCCUCCUGGAUCUGAAUGCCCUUCCGGGGCCUGAUUGUGCUGAUCGGCAGCUGAGUGAUGAACUUCGGCAGGGAGGUGGCUCGACAGACCAGUUGUUAUACAUAUGUCAUAGGAGAUGAGGAUCCAGCCCUGGCGUGUCUAAAUGUAUUUGAGUUGACCGAGAAGGGUGACCAGGCUCUGCUGGAGAGCCUGGUGAGGAAGAACCCUGAGGUCCUACGUGAGAAAGAUGAGAGCGGAGCCAGUCCCGUUCAUCACGCCGCCGCGGGCGGCCAUGUCGGCCUCAUCCACUUCAUCAGCGCUGUCAUGGGCUUGCACGCUCUCAACAGCCGCGACGAUCACGGCAACGUGCCCCUUCACCUGGCCGUGGACAAGAACCAGGCGGAGAGCUGCAGGGCUCUACUGGACCUGAAGGCCGACCCGAACAUCCUCAACAAGGCCCUGCUGUCGCCUCUGCACCUGGCCAUCAGCCAUGGACACAACAACCUGGUGGAGCUCCUGCUCUCCUACAGCACGGUAGAUUACAACCAGUCAGGAGAUCUUGGCAACACCCCUUGCAUGAUGGCCUGCUCCCUCAACAACUGCGAAGCUCUCACCUUGCUGAUAAAACAUGGAGCGCGACUCUGCCAGCAGAACAAGCUGGGCCAUUUUGCUGUGCACGCAGCUGCCUUCGCAGGCGCAAGGAAGGCCAUGGAAGUCAUCCUGAAGGCCGGGGAGGAGCUGGGCUACUUCACUGACAACCACAUUAACUAUGUGGACAAAUCCAACAGCAGUCCUCUCCACCUGGCCGUGAGAGGCGGGAACAUCGAGACCAUCCGCUUCUGCAUCGCCAUGGGGGCCAAAGUGGACCAGCAACAGCAUGACAGAUCCACGCCGCUUCAUUUGGCUUGCACCCAAGGUGCCAUCGAGGUGGUCAAACUGAUGCUGUGCUCUUACGGCCGAGUGGAGGAGAUCAUUAACCUCAAGGAUGGUGCCUGUCAGACGCCUUUACACAGGGCUACAAUAUUUGACCACGUGGAGCUAGCAGACUACCUCAUAUCUUUGGGUGCAGAGGUAAACUCCACUGACUGUAAAGGGAACUCCCCCUUGCUGGUGGCUACAAGCUGCGGGGCAUGGAGAACCGUGGCGCUGCUGCUGUCAAAAGGGGCGAACGUCAGUCUAAAAGACAAAUUUGGUUGCAACUUCCUCCACCUGGCCAUCCUGCAACCUAAGGGGUUGAAAAACCUCCCAGAAGAUAUUCUGCAGCGUAACAGCGUGAAGGCCUUGCUGAGCUGCGAGGAUAACGAGGGCUGCACCCCGCUCCACUACGCGUGCAGGCUGGGCAUCCACGACUCGGUGCGGAACAUGCUGGGACUCUCGGGGCAGCUGGGCCUCGCUUGCAAGUCCAAGGAUAAGAAGUCGGCCCUGCACUUUGCUGCUCAGUAUGGACGUGUUAAUACGUGUCACAGGUUACUGGAGACCAUCAAAGACUCCCGCUUGCUGAACGAAGGCGACGAGCGGGGCCUGACGCCGCUUCAUUUGGCGUCCAGAGGGGGGCACACGGAGGUGGUGGAGCUGCUGCUGCGCAAAGGGGCUCUUUUUCACAGUGAUUACAAGGGCUGGACCUGCCUGCACCAUGCUGCCUCCGAGGGAUUCACACAAACCAUGGACAUUAUCUUAUCGGCCAAUAUGAAGCUACUAGAUAAAACAGAUGAAGACGGGAACACCGCCCUCCACAUCGCGGCGAGAAUGGGCCACGUGGCUGCGGUCAUGGUGAUGGUGAAUCGGGCCGCGGAGUUCACGCUGAACAAGAACGACACGUCGUUUCUCCACGAGGCGCUGCAAAACGGGAAACAAGAUGUGGUCAAUGCUGUCAUUGACAGCGAAAGGUGUGUGGAGGCUCUGGUCCUGUUUAAACCCGGUUCACCUCAGCGAAGUCCCAUACUCGACAUGAUCGAAUAUCUGCCUGAGACCUACAAGCACCUGUUGGACUGCUGCGUGAGGGAGUCUGAGGACGAUCACAACAGCCCUAACUACAACAUUGAAUAUGAUUUCAAAUGGCUCCAAGCUCCCCUUGAAAUGCAGAAGGACCUGGACAAGUCCCAUAGGGUUCAGCCCUUAGCUUCACUCAAUGCGAUGGUGAAAUACAACCGCCUUGAGCUCCUCAACCAUCCAGUCUGCAAUAAGUACCUCUCCAUGAAGUGGGCGGCGUACGGGAGCACGGCCCACAUGCUCAACAUGUUCCUGUACCUUCUUGGCUUGCUGCCGCUGACCCACCUCAUCGUCACUCUGAGGCCGUCCAUGAACAUCACAGAAACGGGCGAGCGUCAACUCAUCAUGGUGCCCGUGUCUCUGAAGGAGCAGAGUCUGUUCCUGUCCUUCUGUAUGGUGAUGGUCUUGGUCAUGAACAUCUACGCCAUAAUUAAGGAAGUGUUGCAGAUAAUACAGCAGCGUUGGAACUACAUCAAGGACUACUCCAACCAAAACGACUGGUUCUCUGCCAUCUUCUCGCUUCUGUUCGUCAUCCCUCUCAUGGCCAACUCGCAAGGUUCUUUGCACUGGCAAGCAGGAGCUAUGGCGGUUUUACAAUCCUGGGUUGGAUUUCUUCUGUAUCUCCAGAGGUUUGAGGGCAUUGGUAUCUAUGUUGUGAUGUUCGGCGAGAUCAUGCGGACGCUGUAUCGUGUUGUAAUGCUCUUCUUUUACCUCCUGCUGGCGUUUGCCUUGGCCUUCCAUGCUCUGAUGCUCAACCAGAGAGAGUUUGACAACGUGCCGCUUGCACUGAUGCAAUCCUUCGUGAUGAUGGUGGGAGAACUCAACUACCAGAACAACUUCCUGGAUGCUUAUCUGAACAACGAGCUUCCCUUUGACUUCUUGACGUUGUUCAUUUUGACGUCCUUUGUUCUGCUCAUGCCCAUCUUGCUGGUUAAUCUGAUGAUCGGUUUGGCGGUUGGAGACAUCGCCGAAGUGCAGAAAAAUGCUGCCAUGAAACGAAUAGCCAUGCAGAUCGACCUCCACACCGCUCUGGAAGACAAGCUGCCUUACUGGUUUAUCAAACGGGCCGACAAACCCUCCAUCGUCGUCUACCCGAACCGCAAGUGUUCCAAGCACUUCAUAAUGCAACUACUAUCAGGCGGCGGGGAGGACGGGGACGACAGUUGGAAGCGCACGCAGGCUGCUUCACAAACCUGCUCGACAAUACAGAAUGAGCUGAAAAAGCAGAAGUGCAGGAUGAAGGAGAUGUCCAACAUCCUGGAGAAGCAGCACACCCUGCUGAAGCUCAUCAUCCAGAAGAUGGACAUCACCUCCGAGGCGGACGAGUACGACGGUCCGGUGAACAAGAGGGGCAGCAUGUGGCCCCGAAUGUGUCCGCCCAAACGCUCCAGCAGCAGCAGCAGCAGCGUGUCUCGCUGGGUGCCGCUCAUGAAGGCCAUCGAGUCCAAGCCCAAAUGA